GUUACCGUUGCUAGGGCCGGCCUUGCCCCUGGCUCGCUUGUUUCGUGACCACUGCGAACUUGAUUCACGGAGAUGGUGAAGCAGACGAUCCAGAUUUACGCCCGGGUGAAACCUUUGGGCAAAAGGCAGACUCCCGGGAUAUAUUCAAUUGAUGAAAUUGAGACAUCAGCAUUUGAUCUGGAGAUUAUUGUACCACGCGAUUUGUCAGAUGGAUUUGUCAAUAACAAACGAGAAAACUAUAAGUUUAAAUUUCAGAAAGUAUUUGAUCAAGAAUCAAAACAAGAUGAAAUUUUUGAAACUAUUGCCAAGCCAGUUACAGAAUGUGCUCUGUCUGGCUAUAAUGGAACUAUAUUUGCCUAUGGACAAACAGGCAGUGGCAAGACCUUUACGAUCACUGGGGGAGCAGAACGUUACAGUGAUCGGGGGAUAAUUCCACGGACCCUUUCUUACAUAUUUCAGAGGUUGCAAAAGGAUAGCAGUAAAGUAUAUACCACACAUAUUUCUUACUUAGAAAUUUACAAUGAGUGUGGUUAUGAUCUGCUCGAUCCACGGCAUGAAGCCUCCAAACUUGAAGACUUACCAAAGGUUACAAUAAUGGAGGAUCCUGAUCAGAACAUUCACCUGAAACAUCUCUCUUUGCAGCAAGCAACCAAUGAAGAAGAAGCCCUGAAUCUGCUUUUCUUAGGUGACACAAACAGGAUGAUUGCAGAAACUCCAAUGAAUGAAGCCUCCACACGUUCACAUUGCAUUUUCACCAUUCAUAUCUCAAGCAAAGAACCAGGAUCAGCAACCAUUCGGCGUUCCAAACUACACUUAGUGGACCUGGCUGGUUCAGAGCGUGUUGGAAAGACUGGAGUUGGAGGCCAGCAACUGACAGAGGCCAAAUACAUCAAUCUGUCUCUACAUUAUUUGGAACAGGUAAUCAUUGCUCUGUCAGAAAAAAACAGAUCUCACAUCCCCUACAGAAACUCCAUGAUGACUUCAGUGCUAAGAGACAGUCUGGGAGGGAAUUGCAUGACAACAAUGAUUGCAACACUCUCAAUAGAAAAAAGGAACAUAGAUGAAUCUAUAUCUACCUGUAGAUUUGCUCAGCGAGUUGCUGUUAUUAAAAAUGAAGCUGUUCUAAAUGAAGAAAUUGAUCCUGGAUUGAUGAUUAUGCGUCUGAAGAAGGAAAUCCAGGAAUUAAAAAAUGAAUUGGCCAUGGUGACUGGAGAACAAAGACUUGAAGAACUCUCAAAAGAAGAGCUGCUAGAAUUAGAUGAGCAAGUUAAAGAAUUUUUGGAAGAUACUGAUCCUGAAAGCAUUUUGGAAAUUGGAGCUGACAUGCGGAAGAUCAAAUACUGUUUCAGCCAUUUAAAGAGACUGGUAAACGAUGCAAAGCUUCCUGGCAAUCAAUUACUUGGACCAGAUGCUCAGGAAGAUAAAAGUGCUAAUAGUGUAAUUGGCAAUGAAGAGUUAAAGAAACUGAAGAAUCUUUUGCAGCAACGAGAUAAUGAAAUCAACAUUUUAGUAAAUAUGUUAAAGAAAGAAAAAAGGAAAACACAAGAUACCCUUCAUCUCAGUGCUUCAUCCAAGGAAAUCUCAGCUACAGAAAGUUCCUUUGAUUUGAAAAAUAUGGAGACUGAGCAGAUGGUCCCUGUCAUUUUGGAAACAAAAUCUAAUUCUCACUCAAAGAGCCGAGGAGUGGGAAAAGAAAUGUCACUUGGACGCCAAGAAGCCUUUGAAAUUUUCAAGAGAGAUUAUGUAGAUAGCAUAACUAUUGAAGACAAUAAACAACUCCUUAAACAAAGGUUUGCUGAAGCAAAAUCUUUGGGACAAAAAGUAAAUGAUGUAAGACAUCAAAUCAAUCAUCUGAAAGAAGAGAUAAUCCAGCGGCACAUGCAAAAGGCAGCACAAGCUGUAAUCAGUCCUCGAGAAAUGAAUCAACCUGAUCCAAUAGAAGAAGCACUUCGAACACAAAUUGAACAGAAGAAAAUAAGUUAUAAAACAAUGUUUACUCACUUGAAAGGGCUGAAGGUAGAGAUCGAACACUUGCAGCUCCUCAUGGAAAAAGCAAAACUGAAGUUGCAAAAAGAUUUUGAAGCUUGGUGGUCUGAGGAAACAAUAAGCUUGCAGAGCCAAGAAGAAAAGCCACUUUUGCAGAAUUCAGCCAAUUUUCUAAAGACGCCUUCCUUGUUUUUUGAAAAUCAGGUACAUCCAGGUACCAUCAGUUUUCCUGACUUCGUGGUAAUAAGAAAAUAGAAGCAAUUUUUCCCACCACUGCACUUUAUAAUAAUGCCUGGGCAUUAAUGCAUUUUGAACCAACUGAAGUUUCCGAGUUGUCUAUAAAGGCAACUAUUUAAGCAUGCACAAGUAAGUAUUUAAUUUGUCAAUUUCAUAUAGGUAAAGCAGCUUUAGUGUAAGCAAAUAUAUUUGCUAAAAAGGGUGAGAGGGAAGGGAGGAUCUAUUGUUGUUUGGAAACUGAAAUGUACUAGUUAGCACUAUCCAAUGAACACUCAGUGGUUAGUGGAUAUUAGCCAUUGCUGGAUGUUAUUUCUGAUCACAUUUUCUGUGGCAGUGCUAUCAUUCUUUCUCUCUUUUGUAUCAACUUUCUCAGUUUUUGUGAUGCCUGGUGCUCAACAUAUUAAUUAAUAUAUUCUGGGAUUCUGUGGUUUUGACUUUACAUGCUGUUAUCUGAGGAUAAUAAACAUAAUUUUUAAUUCUGAAUUGUACAAUUAAAACAUAUUGCCAACUAAUUUUGUAUGCUUUAAUAAAUAAUGACAGCAUAAGCUGGUUUGUAGCUUUGCUAAUGUCAGUUUUCCAUAACUCUCAGUGUCUGUUACAUUAUCCUUCCACUCCUCAAGAUUUUUUGUGCUUCAUCAACUUUUAUGUUAUAGUGCAAAAAGUGUAAUUUUAUUUUGCAUUAAAUGUUUCUAAUCAGCACAAUCUCAAAGUAAAUUCUUCCAAGAUAAUUCUCAGGAAGUCUAGUAUACCCUUCUAAGAAGUGCACUUACACAUAAAGCAAAAAAUGUUCCCUUUUACACAUUUAAAUCCUUAAUGAAGGAGUUCAUAAUAUUCUGGGAACAUCUAUGUAAACAAGAAAAAUCAGAAACGAUAGUAGUGAUUACUGCUGUAAAAGUAUGUAGAUCGAUAUAUUUUAUGGAGUUCAUUUCCAGCCUUGAACCAGCUCAUGUGACUUUUUUUUGAUAUGCUAAUUGUAUGGAAUGUCUAGAGAUUAUGUAGUAAUUGACAUGCAUAUUUUUAUGACUAUAAUUUAAAUAUAUGGUGCAAGCAACACUUACUUUGGCAAAUGCAUUCAUGGCUAGGGAUUUUUGUUGUUGAUUUUAGUCUCAUUUUUGGCUUCUACGUCCCUUAGAGGUUAUGAUUAUGAUGCAUGUUGAAGAUAAGAAUCCAAGACCAUGAAUCAAAUGUAAGAUUUUGUGAGAGGCAGACUUGGAAUUUUGUUUUUAUUUGCAGACAUAUGAGAUCUGUGUUGUUACACUUGCAAUGACCCUUUUAAGUUUUCUAUGAACUUUUGUCUUCAGAUAUUUCAAGAACUUUUGUAUUAUUCUGUGUUAAGACUCAUGCCCAUUUUUGCAGCUAUGUUCUCAAUGUUACAAGCAAAGAAUUUGUAAUGGAACUCUUGACAUUGUGAUAGAGAACAGCAACUUAUAUCCCACUGUGCUGAAAAUUUAUUCUAGACCUCUUGAAACCUGUUUGAGGCAUUAACAAUUCAUAGCAAGGUUUCUGAUUUCCUACAUUUAAGGAUAUAAAAUAACAAAACACCCACUUCCUAAAGAGUCUAUUGAAUCUCAGUGACACAGUGAACUUAUUUAUUCAUUCUCAUAGUUACAUAUGAUGAGAUCUUUGGGCUUUUUAUUUUUCUUAUAAACCUUGGAGUAAAACACAAAAAGCUCUUUGUUGCUAAAUCCAUCCAGAAGCAAACUGGUAAUUUACUCAAUGAACAGGAUUUAACCAUAAUCUUCUAUCUGUCAAAUAAAUUGUAAUAGUAAAAGUUUACACGAAGCAUAUGGUAUAUAACAGUUACUGUCAUUCAGUAUUUAGUUGAAGGAAUUUAGAUAGCAGAAGAGAAUAUAAAAGUAGGCCUAAUGUAAAAACCAUAUGAAUAUACUUCUACCAUUGAAACAAGGAUAACAUAACUUUUUAUGACAAUUUAGUCUGUAAACACUUAUACUUAAACACUUUUCACCACUCUGAGAUAUAGAAGAUGUUUCAGUGCCUAUACAAACUAUAAUAUAUAAACAAAUGGUGGCACUUUUAAAUAUUCUGAAAUGUACAUAGAAUUUAUAGCAUUUAAUUUGAUGUGUACACAGAUGUUGGUGUCUGACAAAUAAUAAUAAUGGUACUCAAGGAAUAUAAUCACUAUAGAUUUUUAAAAUUAUUUUCCUUUAUAUUUUAAAAUUUUUCCUAACUAUAGAACUAUUAAGUCUAUAUUUAUAUAAGUAAUAUCCAGUAGAAAUAUCUUGGUGUGUAAUUGGAAAGUAAAUUUGAUGUUUUAGGACAAAUCUUUCUGUCAUGUCAUAGAUGGAUUGUUUUCAGAGCUUUUUUCAGAUCUCCCAGUAAAGCCUAUUGAAAUUCAACCCCAGAAAUUUGCCAUUGAUAUGAUGGAUCAGAAAAGGUAACAUACUGGGCCAAUCCCUGCCCCCAUCCAUGAUGCAUCUGACUCACCAUCAGAGGAAUCACAUCAGUCUAUCCAAUAAAAAAAUAGUGAAUAUGGUUCUUGUUAGGAGCUUAAUCCUUUGAGUUCCCAGACUAGAAUAUCAGGGCAAUAAGCCAGAGCUGCACCUGUUCUGUUUUUAUGAGCAACUGUGAAAAUGAAAUACCAUCACUAGCUAUGCUGCUAGUUUUCCUCAGGUAACACUAGCACUAGCACGUAGACUUAUAUACCUCUUCAUAGUGCUUUACAGCACUCUAUAAGCGGUUUACAGCAUCAGUGUAUUGCCCCCAACAAUCUGGGUCCUCAUUUUACCAACCUCAGAAGGAUGAAAGGCUGAGUCAACCUUGAGCCGGUCAGGAUCGAACUUCUGGCAGUGAGCUGAAUUAGCCUGCAAUACUGCAUUCUAAUCAUUGUGCCACCACGGCUCCUGGUAAAUCUUUUUGGAAGAUGCGCUAAGAUGGCCCUAAGCUCCAGGUAUUGCAGAUUGUAGAGUCUAUCUGCACAGGUACCCCCACUUCCUGUGCUCACUCUGAAGAACCACUCAGGCUAAGCAUGAUGAAUGAGUAAAAUGGCAAGGAGCAACAAGAGGUUUUCUUGGUCACCACAACUCAAUUUUUUUAGUGUCACUAAAUUUGUCACUGAAUUAAUUCCUUCAACAGACAUACAUGAGCAAAGGUCCAAUUAGCAACAAAUCACUGUUAAUCAUAGCAGUGGCUCUCCCAGUGACCAUUUCAAAGAUAGCAAUAAUAAGCAACACAAAUGCUGAUAUUAGACCACUACAUUCCUUCACAAUUGCCAGUAUUUCUUCAUGGAGUAUUCUUUUCUUUCAAGGUGAAUUGAUUAAGCCAUGGAAAUUUAAAUCACUGAUUUAAAUCAGUAGGUAAAAAGGCCGAUUUAAGCAGCCCUUCAGCCAAGACCGCCACUGAUACUGCUUUAUAUAUUAUCUAUUGGUUUGUUUGUUUGUUUUUGUUUAUAUAGUAUCUAUUGUUGUGGGUCAUUAGAUUCUAGGUAUAUAAUACUAUAUACAAACUUCAGAUUAUUGGUCAUACUUUUUUAUUUUUUUAUUUUUACAUCCUGAAAGUGGCAAACCUAGUAUGAUACGUGAUUGGAAAUUUAAAGGUAUGUGGGAUUCUAAAAAUACAAUAUCAUAGUUUUAUAAUUUCUUGCAAUAGAAUGCUACAGUAUAUAGAAAAAUGUAAUUUAUCUUGUCAUUAUAGAUAAGAUUUUCUGUACCAAUUAACCUGAGUCUUUCAGUGUAACUAUUUUACAACCAUCAAUUUUUUAUGUUUUAUUAUCCUUAAAUUGGAAUUAGACAGGCUUGGCUUACAAAAUAAAUGAUGCUUUUAAAUCAAAAAAGGUCUUUGACAACACUUCAAAGAGAAGGCUGUCCUCUGUAUGCUGAGAUACAUGGCUGUUCUAUUUUUGAAAUAUAUCAUAGUUUCAUGUUGUCUUCUCUUCUUUCCAAUUGUCUUCUUCUCUGCUUCACUUUACCUCCAGGUAGUUCUACUUUUUGAGAAACAGCAAACAAAAUUAAUUACAUUUCAGUGACUAAUAAAUUGCUUGCCAGAAUAGAGCAACCUAAUUUUAAUCAGGUAAAAAUGAAAUGUCCUUAUUUGAUAAAUGAAGUAAAAAAAACUUUGAGAAAUUAAAUUCUUUUUUCCUUUACAUAGAAAAACACCUUAGUGCAGGAGUCCCCAAACCUGGUCCGUGGACCAGUACCAAGCCACGGCAUAUCAGCAACUGGUCCGCACAAACAAGCAAAGCCCCAUCCACGAGAUGCAGGCAGCACAGAAAA